UCUCAACCUUCUGCCACUUCCAGCUUGCCUCCUCUUUAUAUACACCACAGAAUAUAAAUUUCCCUUCACCAAUCAGAAGCAGAACCAAAUCCCACCCAACCACCACCAAGCCACCACUUCUCUUUCACAAGUGGCACAAAUUAAAGCUCAUUGGUUUUGAACUCUGAAUUCUUUCUAGAAGUUUCCCCAAUCCCCAGCCAUAGCCAUGAAGGUUUCAACACUUGCCUCCUUGUCCACCACCAUCAGCAUUCCAAACACUCCCUUCCUGCAAAAGCAAAAACCCAUUGAUUUUGCUAAGAACAAGGUCGGGCACUUCUCAAUUUCAACCACAGAAUCGAAACAGAAUUUCCCAUUUCUCCCGCGCUGCUCCGCAAAGCCACACGCGACGGACGAGGGUUUACUAUCCGUACAGCCCGAUUCAAGAUCAAGACCCGAAGGAGAACCCAAACCCGUUACAGGGAAUCAAAUUGGUUUUUCUCCAGGUCCUUCGAUCUCGAGGGGAUUGGUGUUUGAUUUGGGAUCUGCGAGCUCUUGGGACGGCGUCGAAAUCGGGUCGCCGGUGGUGAAGAGGUAUUUGGGCGACGAGGAAGAGAGGUGGUACCUGUGGUACCACGGCAGGUCCGGCAAGAACCCGGGUUCGGACUCAAUCGGGUUAGCGGUUUCGAGCAACGGGGCCCACUGGGAGAGAGGCGAAGGGGAGGUGAGAUCAAGCGGGGAUGUUGGAAUGGUGAUGAGUUGCAGUGAAGACUGGUGGGGUUUUGACACAGAGAGUCUUAUGCCCAGUGAGGUGGUCAUCAUGUCCAGCAACAAAGUCAACCGAUCAAACACUGCUGUUUAUUGGCUUUACUACACAGGUUUCAGUUCCCAGACAGUAGAUUUCUCUGCUGGCAAUUCCCUGGGUUUCUGUUUGGAAAACCCAGAAAGGGCAUAUUUAGGAAAUGGGAACAAGUCCUUAACUAGUGGAGCCAAACAAGGAGUAAUGAAGUCAUUACCAGGAUUAGCUAUUAGCCAAGAUGGAAGGCAUUGGGCAAGAAUAGAAGGGGAGCAUCACUCGGGGGCUCUGUUUGAUGCAGGUCAAGAAGGGGAUUGGGAUUCUCUAUUCAUAGCCUCACCUCAUGUUGUUUACCAUGGGAAUGGUGACCUUAGGAUGUAUUACCAUUCGUUUGAUGCCGAAAACGGGUGUUUUGCGAUUGGGAUGGCACGGUCAAGAGAUGGGAUAAAAUGGGUGAAACAAGGGAGGAUGAUAGGGGAAGGCGGUGUGGGGGCGUUUGACGAGUUAGGAGUGAUGAACCCGAAUGUGGUGAGGAACAGGAAGGACGGGAGAUACAUUAUGGCGUAUGAAGGUGUUGGUGUGGAUGGGAGGAGAAGCAUCGGGGUGGCGAUUUCACCGGACGGUUUGAAGGGGUGGAGGAGGGUGGUUGGGUGCAAUCCUGUGUUGAGACGAUGUGAAGGGGGUGAUGGUUGGGACUGUGAAGGGGUGGGUUCACCAUGCCUUGUUCAGAUGGAUGGGGAAGAUGAAGUUGGGCAAUGGAGGUUGUACUAUAGAGGAGUUGGGAGAGGAGGAAGGACUGGAAUUGGGAUGGCAGUGUCUAAUGGCCGGGAUUUUCAUAACUUUCAAAGAUGGACAGGGUUCCAUUUGUGAAACAAUACUAGUACUCCGUACAUAAUAUGGUGUCACUUGCCACGUUUAAUUUGUUUGGAGUUAUACAACGCCACAUUGAAGUUGUUCUAUUGAUCAGUCAUGUAGGAUUUAUUAUGUACACAUACUAACAACAUAUAUAGUCCGUUUGGUGACCCGUUUUUUCGGUUUACCAGACUUAUUAGCCCGAUUUUUCACAAAAAAAACACGUAACAUUUGAUUUCGCGCGCUGAAUUUUGUAAUAACAAAAAAAGGUUUGAGUUGUUUUUCUGGCUGUAUUGGUUGAAGUUACUAUAGAUAACCAUUUUAGCUA